GGUUGAAUUUUGUUUUUGUUUGUGUCAAAAAGACUUCAUAAUACAACAGGCCUUAAGUUUAUUAUUUCUACUAUAUUAAUUGGAGAGUCCUUCGGCACAGCCCAAGCCACAAUACAUGAGUAUUGUUCAUCUUACCUCUCAACACUGUCUUCAUUAACCUCACGAAUCGACCUCUUCAAAAUUUCCAAAGGCUUCUUAUCUCUCAACAGCCAUUGCGCCUCUACGGUGACGAUAGCUUGUCAAAGUUGAUAUUUCAUACACUUGAAUUUUGUUGAAAAAAUGAGUGCUGAGACUCUCGUUGAGCGCGGUCUAAUAGAGAUCCUAAACAACAAGCAGCCGUUGAACAAUAUUAACAACGCGUGGGAAGGUUCAUUUGUCGGCGGCAGAGCUUUCAACUCAAUAUCCUUCGAAUCACGAAAAUUUCCAUCAAACGUCCCUACAAUCCAUCGCCGGCCCGAAGGUAGUGAAACAAGAGAAGGACAUCAUUGCUACAUACCGGAAGACCCUCAUACUAUCUCGCAAAAUCUUCUUCGGGCUAUUACUAGACCCUCUAAUAGUCCCACCGUGCAGAGCCAUCUGCCAGAAAGCCGCCCGGGUGCUUCGCAAAACACUCUUCAGGAUUUUACUGCAUUUUAUAUUGUACAGAGAAACUCCUUGCCGAAAAACAGCCCGAGUACCUCGCAGAAUCUUGUUCACUCUGACACGACAAUACCUAUUAUACAACACUCCCGAAUGGCCUCUCCAGAUUAUGCCGACCCAAGAAUGGUGCCUGAUACAGAUCAGAAUAUCUACCCUCAUGCACCAGUCACACCGGAAUUCCAAGAGCGAUAUCCACAGCUCGUCGAUCUCUUUAAGCAGGCUGUGGAUGCUCACAAGUUUCUAAAAUAUCACACUUCAAAGAUCAACUAUGAGCUAUGUAUUUGUGGAAGUAGUCCCGCGAAUGCAGGUGCCUCCGUCAUCAUCUUCUGCUCUAAAGCUCUUUUCAAAUGUCUGAGAUCAUUAUUAGGCAGCAAGCACAUCCGUCGACAAUAUCAGCAGACGAGCUCUUCUUUUCGGGACAAAUUUCAAUUUACUCCUAGCAAGCAUUAUCUACAAGUAUCUGUUCCUAUUGUAACACCUUUUAAUAUCGUCUACUGGAGAGAAGCAAACACGCCUACCCAAAGAAGGUCCGCAACGGAGCAAGUGGUUACCAGUAACCGUUCGUUCCUCACAAUGUGUGGAUCAUUGGUAAAUUAUGGCGAUCGUACCUCGACCCUAGGGCUACUUAUUAGUAUGGACUCUAAGCUAUAUGGUUUGACUGUGGAUCAUCUGUUCGAGAAUCAGAGAGAUGAAGAACAACAAACGAUUGCAAUCGAACCAGAAGUUCUGCCUGACGAAGACGACUCGGAAGAUAGUGAAUCAGAGUUUCCAUGGAUUGAUAAUGUUAAAUAUGAAGAUACAAAGAAUACCGAACGGCUUUCAGACCCUGAAUCAGUGUCAUCCGGACGAUCAAAUGCCAAAAUAACCAUUAGUCACGGACCGACUGAACAUUAUGGUGAAUCUAUAAAUGGCCACAAGGCAGAUUCCUUAUCCAUCACAGAUAAGACGACGGCAUACCUCGACUGGGCAUUGAUUGAGUUUGAUGAUGGAUACUAUGAGCGACCUAACGCAUUCUUUUCGGAGGAUGAACUAGCAAAUCCCAAGUUCUUCGAGACAGUUUCGGCAGGCCCAAAAACUAGCGAAGUCAAAGUUUUCAUGAUCUCUGGCGUGAGCGGAACAAGAGAGGGUGUACUACUUAAUAGGAUUUCCUACAUUGGAGGUAAACCAGGUGAAAAUCUCUGUCAGGCGUGGAACGUAAUUCUUUCUGAUUCUAGAGGUGUCUUUUAUGGUGACUGUGGCUCAUUGGUCGUGGACCAGGAGACGCUGGAAGUCUAUGGCCACGUAGUUGCAUCGAAUCCGUCUGGCGAUGCCUAUGUAGUUCCUCUGCAAAACACAUUUCAUCAAAUCAGCACCGCUUUUGGAGCGAAAGAUGUAUCUUUGCCCAACCCAAGGCUAUUGAUGAAGAGCAUUGUCGCACAUUACUCCCAGGAAGGCGGUAGUGAUGUAGCAGACGAGGUUAAACGAAUUCUUGCUUCGAUGGAAGGUCCAGUUUCCACGUUCCCACCAGGUUCUUCAAGCGGACCAAAUUAGCGCUGAUUUUGAAAGUUUGAUAACACCGUCCGGAAUAAUGGCAACAUUUUCUGAGCA